AUGGAUCAAGCUCAGCCCAAAGCGCUGGCAGCUUUGCAACCAUUCAUUAUCGAGGCCACGUCUACAAAGUCACCAUCUCCACGGUUCCUGAAGGAGCUCAUCAUUCGAGCAACCUCUGCUCAAGGCACAUAUAUCUUCACCGAGUUACUGCAGACUCCAGCCGUACAGACCUUACAAACUGCCGAGCCAGAGUCCAGAUCAUAUCUGACACUUCUUGAACUCUUCAGCUAUGGCACUUAUCAAGAGUACCAAUCAACUCCAAACCUCCCGACCCUUACAGAUGCUCAAACACAAAAGCUUCGACAACUAUCUCUGCUGACCUUGGCUUCACCUUUCUUGCCAAUUCAAGACCCCAAGGCAGAUCCUCUCACAUAUCCCAACCUGGUUACUGGCCUUGGUCUUGCUGCACCUCACGAGCUCGAAUCAUUGGUCAUAUCUGCAACUUAUGCCGGUCUGCUCACAGCUCGACUCUCACCCACAUCGACUCCUCCUCGAGUUCACAUUACCUCAGUGGCUCCUCUUCGAGACCUUCGACCUCAAUCUCUGCCUGCCAUCCUCCAGAUCUUAACAACCUGGCAAGGCAGAUGCACAUCUACCGUUACCGGCCUCGAAACAGAAGCCGCAAACAUCAGAUCACAAGCUGCUCGUCGAACAGAGCUUCAACGCAGGAGACAAGACAUUGUUGACACCGCUGUCGUGCAGGGGGAGAAUGACAAUUCCAAAACAGUCCGACCCCGAGACCGCAAAGGCAACAAAAGAGAUCUUGACGAGCGCAUGGAGGGUGAGAAUGAUGAGGACGCGAGUAGUGAUGAUGUAUACAUGGACCUGGAUGACAGUGGGGACUUUGCUGAGAAGGGUCGAGCUCCUGCUCCUCUACUAGCACGUGGAGCGAAGCGGAAUCGAGGUCGUGGUGGCCUCGGCGGACUUACAUGA